GAGAGAGAGAGAGAGAGAGAGAGAGAGAGAGAGAGAGAGAGAGAGAGAGAGAGAGAGAUUCUGCCAGCGAGAAGGAGAAGACGAACAAGUGGCGCACGGGCGAAGGAAAAGUUCCCGAACAAGCUUGAAUUCGUCGUGAGUUGGGCGGCGGAGUGUAAGGUGAAAGUUGAGUGGCGUUUGGCGGGAGAGGGACGGCGAACGAUCGACAGUUUGACGAGAAUCCACGUCGGGAAUGUCGCCUGGCUUGUGGGAGGCUUGAGCCGUUCCAUGGCGGCCGAAAAGUUUCAGCGUUGAAGCUUUGGAGUCUUGCCGUGAUGUCGCGCUAAGGCGGCGGCGACGGCGGUUGGCGCCGCUGUGACGUGAGCAGGAUGGGGAAGGAGCAGGACCUCCUGCAGGCGGUGAAGAGCGGCGACCUAUCAUCCACGCACAAGCUUCUGGCCAAGCUGAAGACCAGCAGGAGCAAACUUUUAGGAUCCACAAAGAGACUCAACAUUAACUACCAAGACGCAGACGGCUUCUCUGCGCUACAUCAUGCCGCCCUAACGGGCAGCGCUGAGCUGUUGGCGGCGCUGCUGGACGCACAGGCUGUCGUGGAUGUCAAGGACAGCAAUGGCAUGCGUCCGUUGCAUUACGCGGCGUGGCAGGGUAAAUCGGAGUCGGUCCUGAUGCUGCUGCGCUCUGGAGCGUCCGUCAACGGCAUCUCGCUGGACGGACACAUCCCUCUCCACCUCGCCGCGCAGUACGGACACUACCAAGUGUCGGAGAUGCUCCUCCAGCACCAGUCCAACCCAUGCCUGGUCAACAAGGCCAAGAAGACGCCGCUCGACCUCGCCUGCGAGUUCGGACGCCACAAGGUGGCCCAGCUGCUUUUGAGUAGCAACAUGGUGGUGGCGCUGUUGGAGGGAGAGCGCAAGGAGCCCAGCGACUCGGCCUUCACCACGCCGCUGCACCUCGCCGCUCGCAACGGUCACAAGGACGUCAUCGGGUUGCUGCUGAAGGCGGGCAUCGACAUAAAUGCCACAACCAAGUCGGGCACCGCCCUGCACGAGGCCGCCCUCUACGGCAAGACCGAGGUGGUGCGGCUGCUGCUUGACGCCGGCGUCGACGUGAACAUCCGAAACACGUACAACCAGACGGCACUUGAUAUCGUCAACCAAUUCACAACCUCACACGCCAGUCGUGACAUCAAGCAACUGCUCAGAGACGCGACGGGGGUUCUGCAGGUGCGAGCGCUGAAGGACUUGUGGAACCUUCAUGAUCCCACUGCCCUCAACAUCCGCGCCGGAGAUGUGAUCACGGUUUUGGAGCAGCAUGCCGACGGGCGCUGGAAAGGUCACAUCCACGACAGCCAGCGGGGGACGGACCGCGUGGGCUUCUUCCCACCUUCCAUCGUCGAGGUCAUCAGCCGGCGUGCCGGGGGCACCGUCUCCCGGCACGCCUCCCUCCCCGCUCGACGCCGGUCCAGAGCCGCCCUGUCCGGCGGCCUCAACUUAUCCCCUCACGGCGACGACUCCUACUCCCUGUGUGCCCCCCCAGCCCCAGCCGCAGGAGACCGCAGCAGCGUGGGGAGUAGCGAGAGCGUGGGCAGCACGCGCAGUGCCGGGAGCGGCCAGAGCACCGAAAGCAACAACAACACGCUCAACAACAACAACACGCUAAGCCACGCACACAACGGCAUUGCCGCUGCUGCCGCUGCUGCUGCUGCGGGUCACCAUGAAAACAAGCCAGCGCCCCCUGCUGCUGAAUGUGGAGCUUCGCACUCGAGCAAGCAGCCUCAGCACCACGCAGGUUCUGUUGCAUCCCGCAGGCCAGUGGCUGAGCAGACCUUGACCCAGCAGCAGUUUUUUCGUCCUCAGCAGCUGCUGGACGGCAAGGAUUCCGAGGCCAUCUUCGAGUGGCUGAGUGACUUCCAGUUGGAGCAAUACGCGGGGAACUUCAUCACUGCUGGUUACGAUGUCCCCACCAUCAGCAGGAUGACGCCUGAGGAUCUGACUGCCAUCGGCGUCACCAAACCGGGACACCGUAAGAAAAUCUCGAUGGAGAUCAACAAGUUGAACAUUCCUGAGUGGCUUCCGGAGUACAUGCCGUCGGAGCUCGGCGAGUGGCUCGGCGCCAUCGGCCUCCCGCAGUACCUGAAAAGACUCUCGGAAAACGGCUACGACAGCAUUGGCAUUGUCAAAGACCUGACGUGGGAAGACUUACAAGAGAUCGGCAUCACAAAACUGGGCCACCAGAAGAAGUUGAUGUUGGCAGUGAAGAAGCUGUGUGACAUCCACCGGGCCAUCGUUCAGGCCGAGUCCGGCCAGGGAACGUUACGGCGCAAAGCUCCGGGCGCGCUGCACGUGGUCGCCAUCGAGCCGCCGGACGCCGGCGGGGAGUGCUCGUCCCCCCGCACUCCGAAGACCAUGAUGACCUUCCAGGACAGCGAACUGAGCGUGGAACUGCAGUCGGCCAUGUCCGGCCACUAUGCCGACUGUGAGGAUGUCAGGAAUGCAACGGCCUCGUCCCACGGCCGGGACGGCAUGGACGCUCAAUCCCGAGGCUCCGGACGUUCUCAGGAACCCCCCACUGUCUCCGUCAACGCCCACAGACUGUCCCAGGAGAGCCUGGACGGCAGCCCUGCCAGUGACAGGAACGUCCCAGAGGGCUGGGACCAGAGGCCGAUCCACAAGCUGGUUCCCCUGGGAACGGCGACUGUCUUCAAGUACCCCGCCGUCCCCGCCAAACCCAAAAUGUCCCGCUCUCAUGGCUCAUCUCCUCACGGCUCACCGGCUUUGAAGGGCUUCAGCUACUUGCAUUCUCACUGUGGAUCCACUGACUCGUCCGCCGGAUCCCAGGAGCAGGGCCGGACUCUGGUGCUCCCCAAGAAACGAACCUACAGUCUGAACCGCUACGCUCUAUCAGACGGAGAACCCGACGAGGACGACGAGGAGCCAGCACGUCCUUCUGGAAACGUUCCUUCGUACGCCACCAUGAGCCGCAAACUUGGCCGUGCUCAGACAGCUCGGAUGCAGUCUGGUCUGGAGAAGAGCGUCCACGUAGGCCGCAGUCAGUCUUUUGCCGUACGAGCACGGAAAAAAGGACCCCCGCCGCCGCCUCCCAAGAGACUGAGCUCAGUGAGCAGCACAACCAGCGGCGAGUUGAGCGACAGCAGCACCGCAUCGUCAUCCGGCGGUGGCGGCGGCCUGGUGACCGACAGCCGAACUGUGUCGUUGGGCAGCAUUACGACCGACGGCGGUUCCGUGUCAUCGUCGUCGGCCGGCAGCGUGGUGACCGACAGCCCGGGAAGUGUCAGGAGCAUCGCGGCCUCCCUGGAAGCAAGUGCAGAAACUCCAAACCCUCCGGAUCCCAAACGUGACCCUGAUCCACAGGCGCCGCCUGCCACUGAAACCAAAGACACCCCGGGGGUGAGGAGAAGGACGCAGAGUGCGCACGAGCCAGACCUAGGCGGAAAGUCGGACACGGAAGAAUCUGACGCCAAAAACUCGCAGUCGCCUCACAAUAGCUCCAGUGAGUGCAUCCCCUUUGCCGAGGAGGGAAACUUGACCAUCAAGCAGAGGCCUAAAGCUGCGGCCCCGGGACCUCCCAGAGCCGAGGCCGCGUCCGACAAAGCUGCCGCCGCCAAGAGCCUGGAGGUCCCCGAAUUCAACUUGAAGGAAUCGGACACGGUCAAGCGGCGACACAAACCCAAAGACAAGGACGAAGGAUCCCCCUGCAAAGAGCUGACUCAAACUGAGGCUGACCCCAACGAGAAGAACCCGGAGGAAGCCUGCUUGCGGAUCGAUACGGGGGCCCCUGACAAACCUCUGCCGUCCCCGAAACCUCCGCUCGUGGCUCCCAAACCUGUACGGCACAGCCUGCUGUCGGCGCAAGCAGCUGGACUCGGGUCUCCAGCGAUUAGCGUCAGCGUGGUCCAAAGUCUGGCCUUCGGUGCCGCGUCGCCUCCUUGGUCUCCAUCUCGCGGGCCUUCACCGGCGGCGACGGCCCAUCGUAGCCCCGCCCCUUCCUCACCGGUGGCCGCCAGAGUCCAGGCUUCGGGAAGUCCAGGUGGUACGGAGGUUGUCCAGCAGAGACUGGAUGAGACCAGCACAUCUCUGGCGGCGGCCCUCAAGGCCGUCGAGAGGAAGCUGAUCCUGGACAGGGACCAGGCUGACGGCAGGGCCAACACAGUCAAGUCAGCAGGAAACAUCCUGGAUGACAUCGGGAACAUGUUUGACGACUUAGCCGACCAGCUGGACGCCAUGUUGGACUGAAAGCGCCGUUCAAGCAAAAAAA